AGCUUUUCAGUGACAGUGAUAUUCAUGAAACCGCGUUGCCAGACGAUUGAAGUUUUUAAGAGGGUAAAUUUGAAGAGGAGAAAACAUUUCAAAGAUGGAAUCUCUCACUUUAAGUCUCAAAGAUGUACAAAAAGCAAAAUGCAAUUUAGAGAGUCGCCUCAAUGAGAAAAGACGGUCAAGAAAGAAUAUUGAAAAUGUUUUAGAGACAGUGAAUUCGAAGCUAACACAGAUUAAAAAUAUCCACACUAAAAUGACAGAGACAUUAAAGAUAGCACAACAUAAAGUUGCACAAACACAAGCCCAGUCUGACAGCAUGGAGAAAAGUAAUGGUGAGAAGAGACAGGCACUACAAUCUGUAAAUCAACAAAUAAAACACCUACAGGAUUCAAGAACCAACGAAAUUCACAAGUUUGAGGAAGAGUUGAGCAAGAUGGCAAAGCAAAUGGUGAAUUCUAAAGAUGCUUAUACUGACAAGAAUUUAUUGGUGAAAAUCGCAGGGAGAAAGUCAGAGUAUGAACAACUUCUUCAGAAAAGUCGUAAGUUAGAGCAAGAGAAGGUCAAUAUGUCACAGCGUUACCAGGAACUUGAGCAGAAAUCAACACCUGAAAUAGUUGAUGAGGAUAUAGACAGGCAAGCUGUGAUGGAUGUUUUUACAGAAGAGCAUAAUGACAAUGUAAAGAACCUUGUAAAACUAAAAGAAGAAUUAAAAGUUACCAGAAAUAAUCAAGGCUGAUAAAGCUGAAUUGAACUGUAUGUAUUAUAUCCCUUUGAAACAAACAUUAUACCAACUAAAAGAAAAGCUGAUUGAUUCUGGAAAUGUAUUUUUUAAUAAUAUCUCCUAUGACAUUUGUUGUUUAUUUUUUCUUUCUAGUUUUGACUUGACUGAUUUAGGCUGGUGUGAUAUUGGAUCUAUAGUUUAAAGAAAAAUCUUUCUGUUUUAGUUUUAAUGACUUUUUGUUAAUUAACAACUUAUCUUUACAAGAAUUAAAAAGAUAUUUCAUUUGUUGAAAACAAAUAGCAAUGUUUAUUUCAAGAAAUAACAACUUAACAUGCAUAAUUGUGAAAGUUAAGAGAAUUUAAUUACAUUGUUGAGAGAAUUAAGCCUGUAUUUGGUUUCAUCAACACAUUUUUACUCUGUUAGAAAAUAUUUCAUUAUGUAUUCAGGGGCAAUUUCUGUUAAUAGACCUUUACAAAUUAGUGCUUUGACCUUUGUAUAUCAAUAUUGACAAAAUUAUACUCGUAAUUAUUGUUAAUGAAUUCAAAUGUUUUAUGUUACUUGUUGAUUUUCCUUUUAUGAAAUUGUUUAAGUUUACAAUAAAAUUAUUAAAAUUGUA